AUGAAGUCUUUCGCGCUUGCGACCGCCGUCCUUUCUCUUGUAUCUACAGCUUUCGGCGCAGACAAGAGUAACCUGACAAAACCACCUACCUCGAAGCAAAUCCUGCCCUCGAAUUUUAAACCACCCCAGGUUUUCAAGAAUGUAAAUUUAGUCCACAGUGUCAAUCUCGAAAAGAGUUAUCCAAAAGAAUCAAUUAAUGUGGUAAUCGAGAACAUUGCGAACGAGCCUCAAGAUGAAUACUACCUACCAUUCACAUCGAGGCAGAUGGAGACGAUUGGAGCUUUAGAAGUCAAGGACAGAAAGGAUGCCGAUUUAGGGCUAUUUGAAGUACGAGCAGUAGAGUUUGACACAGAGAGUGAUACUCAAUUUUAUCUGAUCAAACUGCCACAACCUCUCGCACCAAAAGCACAACAAACAAUUGGUAUUUCAUAUUCCUACCUAUCGGCUUUGAACCCUCUUCCAAAUUCAAUCGCACAAAAGGACCUCCAGUAUGUCGUUUACGAAUUCUCCGCAUAUGCCCAGUCGUCAUACGUCACUUUGAAGCAAAAGACUGAGGUCAAAUUUCCAACUACCAAUAUUCCAGAGCACACCAUUAUUCCAGGGACCGACGGCGCACCUGAGUCACCACAAAAGCAAGGUUCUAAGUACACUUACGGUUCCUAUGGAGAGGUACCAGCUGGCGCGGUAGAACCGGUCCGAGUUCGAUAUGAGUUCACCAAACCCCUCAUCCACGUUUCCAAGUUAGAGCGUGAUAUCGAAGUUAGCCACUGGGGAGGAAAUGUUGCUUUUGAGGAACGCUAUACUUUGACCAACCGUGCUGCCAAUCUUUCUCAACCUUUCUCUCGCACUCUCUGGAAUCAAGCCUCGUACUAUGCCGGAACACCCACUUCUGCUAUCAGGGAGCUCAAGUUCCCAUUGAAGGUCGGAAGUUUGACACCAUAUUUUACGGAUGUCAUUGGUAACGUCUCUACCUCUCGUUUCCGCAGCAAUAAACGGGAAGCAAACCUCGAAAUCAAGCCCCGUUACCCAAUCUUUGGAGGCUGGAACUAUCCUUUCCGUGUAGGUUGGGAUGCUGAUGCCAAGAAAUUCUUGAGACAAUUGAGCGGAGGAGAGCAAUAUGUUCUCAAUGUUCCAUUUUUGGAAGGUCCAAAACAAGCCGAGGGAGUUGAAUACGAAUCUGUCGAACUCCGCGUCAUUCUUCCCGAAGGAGCUGAGAACGUCCAAUUCUCCACUCUCGUACCCAUCGCUUCCUCCACAAUCACCCUCCACAAAACCUUCAUGGACACCAUUGGCCGCACCACCCUCAUUCUCCACUCCCGCAACCUCAUCGACGACCUCCGCGAUCGCGAACUCAUCGUUACAUACACCUACCCCUUCCUCGCGGGUUUCCGCAAACCCAUCAUUAUCUUCGUCUCCACAUUAAGUUUAUUCGUAACGGUAUGGGCCAUUGGCACAUUGGACGUUAGCAUUAAAGCGAAGAAACCUUAA